UGCCACGUAUCACACGCACCAUGCGAUCAACAGUGCAUUAACAGGCUCCAACAGUGUCCCGCGCAUCUUUCUCCAGCCAGCCCUCCUCUCCGUAACGCUGCCCCACGAGGUAUUUGAGGCCUGGUCCUCCCUGCUGCUCCUCCGUUCUCCGUUCUCAUCCGCAGUAAUCCUCCUUCAAGACUUGCGAGAACCUCCAGCUCCCCACCCCCGCUUGGCCAUGGCUGGUUCUCCAAGCCGGGCUCUUGCUUAUGAUGACGAGGCUAAUCUGGCUCUUGCCGAGAUCGGUUCCUCUGAAGAAUGGGCCGCCUCUUAUUCAGACCUUACCAUGUCCAAUCCGACUUCGUCAAUGGACACACUUACUGGCGGCUGGGGGGUUGACGCAACGAUCGAUCCAGCACUGCUGACCCAACCCUGCAUCUCGAGCGACAUUUCGACCUACGACGCGCCCAUGCGGCAACCUUGAGGCGCUGACAUGUUGUCACCGCCCCUCUCAGGCACACCCGACGCCAUCGAGAGAGCGGAACAAACGGCGUGCGAUCGUGUCGAGCGUGGAAGAGCGGUAGAUGCGGGAUUCCCUAUCCCCUCAGGACCUCCCUUGGUUGGAAGAAGAUCUCAAGCCCGCGUACGGUGCACGUGGAAGGACUGUGACCAUCGAGAACCCGACGUCGACGAGAUGAAGAAACACGCCGCCACUCACCGACGCUGUCCCAAAGAGGACUGCAGUUGGGCUGACGCUCGGGAUCGGAAGGAGAUGAGGCGUCACGUUUGGUACAACCACAAAGCAUGGGCCAAGAGAACCAAGUACCCUCCCAUGGGUGCCCAGUGCGAUGAGUGCCCCGCGGUCUUCGCGCGCGGGGACGGUGUGAGUCGCCACAAGAAGGAGGUGCACGGGGCUACCAAACGUGUCAGGAGGUCGGGGGGCUGAAGAAAUCAAGACCUAGAGUGAUUAGGAUGUUCAACGAUGCACUAUGGAUGACUGGUUCCAGAUGCCCUCUGCAACUUGAAACUCGGAAAGAUAUCGUUAACUACGAAUUUCGUAGGGGGCCCUCUUACUACAGUAGCUUAAUAUUAGCUCGCUAGAAUUGCGUAGUUGGCAUUGCGUAUCUAGAUAGACGGGAAUAGCCUGGGACAUAAUAACGAGUCCCGGAUUGCAGGCUGGGGUAUACGGCGCUUUGCUUGCUCCUAUUACGAUUAAAUCUCUUUAUAGCACCAAUUCGUACAGCAUAGGAGCACUGCAAUUAUAUGGGCUGUAUACUAGUUAUUUAAUAGCUAUUAUUGGCUACGAUAUCUAAUUAUCUUCUUCUUUACCU